AAGUGAAGUGAGAUGUCCAUUUAGUAAACUACAUGAAGUGUAAGAACUGGAUCUGGCAGUAAAGUGACCAAAAUCCAAACAAACAUGAAUGGACAAGGUGAUCAACUGCUUCAGUAAGAGACCUGAUGCCAUGGCCAGACUGAUAUGCUUCCCAUGGGCAGGAGGAGGCUCCAUACACUAUGCACGCUGGGGGAAAAUCCUCAGCUCCAUUGAAGUGUUUGCUGUUAAACUUCCUGGCAGGGAGGCUCGAGCCAAAGAGCCCUUCUUUCAAAGCAUGGAGCAGAUUGUUGAUGAGAUCAUCAAUGUGCUGCUGCCGGUGCUCAAAGAGAAGCCGUUUGCCCUCUUUGGCCACAGCUUUGGCGCCAUGACCAGCUUUGCUAUAGCAGAUACUUUGAAAAGAGUCCACAAGCUGGAACCAAUUCACAUCUUCCUGUCUGGUGCCUCUGCACCCUACUCUGAGAUGCGUAUCCAAGCCCCAAAUAGAAGUGAUUUAUCAGACGAGGAAUUCCUCCAGUGGAUGACCAGGAUUGGUGGGACUCCCCCCGAGUUACUGGCCAAUUCUGAGGUGGUAAAGCUCUUCCUGCCUGCGCUGAAAGCCGACCUCCACGUGGUAGAGAACUACAGGUGCGACAGGCCAGACAGUCCUCUCCUCUCCUGCCCAGUCACAUGCUUUGAUGGAAAGCAGGACAUGCCUCAUGACUUACAAGCAUGGAAAGACAUAUCAUCUGGAGAUUUUACAGUGCAAAUGCUACCUGGAGCUCACUUUUAUUUAAAAGAUGCAGCCAAUGAGAAGGUCAUAUUGGACUACAUCACAAAGUAUCUGGAGAUGGCGGAAAUUGACUACUUGUAGCUAUGAAGGGCGCAGUGGCAGUGACACAACCAGUUUUACUUAGUUUUUGAAGAAUAGGAGUCCAAGAAGCAUUUCAACAGUAGUAUCAUUGGUAACAGUCAGGUCACUCACUGCAAUUCCUGCCUACAAAAUAUCAUUACUUUUUCUAUGCCUUGGAGCAAUAAUGCAAAUGAUGGAAGUAGGGUUUGUUGACCAUGUGAAUCUAGCCAAUGUAAUUACUAUUUUAAGAGUGAGGUAAGUUGUAUUACAGUUUAAAAUGGAAACAGACA